CGGUCGGCCUAGAUCAGAGUUCCCAGGGGUCCAAGUCCCGAACUGAGGGGGUGGGGCGGGGGCGGGGCCUUAAAGGGCAGGGCCACGGGGUCCCUGAAAAGCGCGGACCAGGCGGGCGCCACCCAGUCCAGAGCCUACAACCUACUUCCUUCUAGCUGCAGCCACUUGUGCAGGACCAGGUGCCGCCAUGCCGAAGUGCCCCAAGUGCGACAAGGAGGUGUAUUUCGCUGAGCGAGUGACGUCACUAGGCAAGGACUGGCAUCGUCCCUGCCUGAAGUGCGAGAAAUGUGGAAAGACACUGACCUCUGGGGGUCAUGCUGAGCAUGAAGGCAAGCCCUACUGCAACCAUCCCUGCUACUCCGCCAUGUUUGGGCCCAAAGGCUUUGGGCGAGGUGGAGCUGAAAGCCACACUUUCAAGUAGACUGAGGUAUAGCCCCACCUCCAGUCCCACACAGUCUAUAAGACAGAGUCACCCCUAACAGAGUAAGUAACGAAAUGUUGCACUCAUCUUUGUCUCUGUUUCUUCUUACAGGUUGUGGAAACUCUCCCUACCCGCCCAGGCGAGUGCCAGGCCUUGUCCCUAGACAGCAGGGCUCUCCGCAGCCCUCCAUGCCUUUAAUAAACUUGAUCUUUGGAA